AUGGAAACGCUCCCGGUUCUAUUGUCGCGGAAGAAGUUUGCCAUUGCAUCUGCGGAAACAAAAUCCAUAUACAAUUCUGUAUGUGUCGCGCGCAGCGCUGGCGACUUCAACCAGGAAAAGCGUCUUAGAAGGAAGCUGCGUCGUCAAUUGCAACAAGACCGCGAUAACGAGUGGACGUCAAGAGCGAUGGAGUUUGAGAAGGCGUGGGAGGACAGGAACCCACGGAAAGUCUAUGCUCUACUGAAACAGUAUAGCAGCAAAAUGAAAAGAUAUUCUCCUGUUCUCAACACUGCCAAUGGAGUAGCUGUCGAUAAAGCAACCCUUCCAAUUCGGAUGAAUCACUUCAAGACUUUGGUGAACCAGGAAGCGCCGACAGCUCUUGAUCUCAAACACGUUCAUAGGCCGACAUAUGCGGUUAACGAAGACCCACCGACCGAGUCGGUGGUUUUGGUCUGUAUUCAAAAAGUGAAGAAUGGAAAAUCUAGUGGAGACGACGGGAUUAUCGCAGAAAUGCUAAAAUAUCUUCCUCCGUCUGGGAUUUCUGAGACGACAAAGAUCAUCCGUUCAAUGCGGAUAGACAAAAGGAUACCUGGUUCGUGGAGACACGCUAUCAUAAUUCCCCUCCACAAGAAGUUAUCCGUCACGGACCCAAGGAAUUAUCGAGGAAUCUCUUUGCUGCGUGUUAUGUACAAGGUACUGGAGCGCAUUAUCCUGAACCGACUCAUUAAACAUCGCGGAGAAGCAACGCGCGACGAGCAAGCUGGCUUUCGUCCUGACCUAUCUACGAUUGACCAAGUGUUCAUCCUCAGGAGAGUGACCGAAAUCUGGCAGUGGUAUUCGAAGCCAAUGCAACUAGCGUUUCUGGACUUUGAAGCCGCGUUCGACUCUCCUCACCGAGGCCGUCUUCUCAACGCGCUCCGCGCCGACUGA